AGUAAGAAAAUAUUUAUUUGUUUUACAUUAACUUUCACAAUGAAUCUACCCUUCAACAAUUUGCCUUUUUAAGAUAGGUAAUUAUGUAUGUUCCGAAAAGGGAAAGGAUUUUAAUUUUGGUUACGAGUGACAAACAAGUAGAAGAGUGAAAGUUUAAUGAGAUCAUCUUCUCCCAUGGCAGCAGGGCAAGAAGAAGAACUCGAAUGGAUAGGGAAAGCCACGGCCAAAUUACAGGGCCCAAAACCACCCCAAGUUUGGUCCGUCCUGGUCGAAGACUUCUGCAACAUUCACCGCUGGCUCCCCGCCGUCGACGACUGCUGGCAAGUCGCCGGAGUGAAGGGAGAGGUGGGCGCGGUCCGGUGUGUCGCCACCGGCGGGGGCAAGAAGCUGUGCAACGAGACCCUGAUCAGCGUCGACCACGGCGCGCGGUGCCUGAGCUACCGAGCUCUCGAGAACAAUGUCGGGAUCCACAGGUAUGUGUCGACUAUGAAGGUCUUACCGGCGGCGGAAGGUGGCGGUGAUGGUGAGGCCGGAUGCCUGAUUGAAUGGUCCUACGAGGCUGACCCACUUGAUGGGAUGACCCGUGAGAGGUUCGAUAGUCUUAUCAAAAACCAUUUAGAAGGAAUGGUUGAGAAUCUCGAGAAAACUUUUCCUUUGAAUUCUUGAUUCUUUUACAUGAGCAAUCCAAUUUAAAAAUUCUCCCAUCAAAUAAAAAUUUGAAUAUUGAAACUCAUAUCAAAAGAAUGUUUUAUUUAUAUCUUAUUAAUAAGUGAGAAUGUUUGUAUUGCAAGAACAUCGCAAUUUGAACUUCUCUCUUGGUUUGAGUCUCACGCAGAAAUUUCAUGAAAAGGUUACUCAUGCUCGAUUUCCAACGGGGGAUUCAAAAUCACUCACUAUGUUUGGUUUAAGAAAUUUGAAAAGGAAAA